AUCCAAAGGACAGAUCUCGUCUCCACAGGUGGGACGUGCUGAUGCAAGAUGGCGGCCGGCGUGGCGACGUGGCUGCCGUUUGCGCGGGCCGCGGCGGUGGGAUGGCUGCCGUUGGCCAAGAAGACGAUGCCCAAACCUCCCGUGGACAAGUCGUCCAAGUCAGAUGAGAUCCUGUACGUCAACGUCAGCGGCGUCCGCUUUCAGACAUGGAAGAACACUCUGGACCGCUAUCCGGAGACGCUGCUGGGUUCUUCGGAGAAAGAGUUUUUCUACAACGAGGAAACGCAGGAAUUCUUCUUCGACCGAGAUCCCGAAAUGUUCCGGCACAUUCUGAACUUUUACCGCACGGGGAAGCUCCACUACCCCCGAAACGAGUGCAUCCAGGCCUUCGACGAAGAGCUGGCCUUCUACGGCAUCGUGCCGGAGAUCAUCGGAGACUGCUGCAUGGAGGAAUACCGCGACAGGAAGAAGGAGAACCAGGAGCGUUUGGCGGAGGACACCGAAGCCAACGAGGCGAUGGACGCCCCGCUGCCCCCACACAGCACGUCCCGGGAGCGUCUGUGGCGAGCCUUCGAGAACCCGCACACCUCCACCAUGGCGCUGGUCUUCUACUACGUCACGGGCUUCUUCAUCGCCGUCUCCGUCAUCGCCAACGUGGUGGAAACGGUGCCCUGCCGGCCGCCCAAAGGCAGCGUCAAAGACCUUCCCUGCGGCGAGAAGUACCAGCUGGCGUUCUUCUGCAUGGACACGGCCUGCGUGCUCAUUUUCACCUUCGAGUACCUGAUGCGUCUGUUCGCCGCGCCAAGCCGCUGCAAGUUCAUGCGCUCGGUGAUGUCGGUGAUCGACGUGGUGGCCAUUAUGCCGUACUACAUCGGCCUGGUGAUGCCGGAGAACGAGGACGUGAGCGGUGCCUUCGUCACGCUCCGCGUCUUCCGCGUCUUCCGGAUCUUCAAGUUCUCGCGGCACUCGCAGGGUUUGAGGAUUUUGGGCUACACGUUGAAGAGCUGCGCCUCGGAGCUGGGCUUCCUGCUCUUCUCCCUCACCAUGGCCAUCAUCAUCUUCGCCACGGUCAUGUUCUACGCCGAGAAGGGCACCAAGGGCUCCACCUUCACCUCCAUCCCCGCCUCCUUCUGGUACACCAUCGUCACCAUGACCACGCUCGGGUACGGUGACAUGGUUCCCAACACCAUCGCGGGGAAGAUCUUCGGCUCCAUCUGCUCUCUCAGCGGCGUGCUGGUGAUCGCCCUGCCCGUGCCUGUCAUCGUGUCCAACUUCAGCCGGAUCUACCACCAGAACCAGAGGGCGGACAAGAUGAGAGCGCAGCAGAAAGUGCGUAUGGCUCGGAUCCGCAUGGCGAAGAAAGGAACCGUCAACGCCUUCCUCCAGUACAAAGAAGACCGAGCCAUGGGGGACCGGCACAGUGACAACACGACUCUGUGUGUGAAGAACAGAUCAGCGUUCGAGCAUCAACACAACCACCUGUUGCACUGUCUGGAGAAGACCACGAACCACGAGUUCACAAACGAGAUCAACUACAGCGAGCUCUGUAUGACGGAGUCAGUGGGCUACAGGACCAGUCGCAGCACUUCCCUGUCCAGCCAGCAGGGGGCGCAGAACAACUCCACCGGCUGCUGCCCGCGCCGUGCCAGGAGGAGAGCCGCCAUGCGACUGGCUAACUCCACGGUGUCGGUCAGCCGUGGGAGCAUCCAGGAGCUGGACACCCUGCACAUCAAAAGCACCUCCAUACCACCACAAACUCGUUCCAGUCUGAACGCCCAGAUGUGUGACCUGAAGCUGAACUGCGGGGAACCAGAUUUCAGCGCUGCCAUCAUCAGCAUCCCCACGCCACCCGCCAACUCGCCGGAUGAGAGCCUCCCCCCGUCGCCUGCGCCCGUCCCCGGCAUCCUGCGCAACACCCGGGCCACCGCCUACACCCACGACAACGUCAAAAUCUCCUCCUUAUAACCUCCGACCGCGCCCGCGACUUCCCCCUCCAAACCCAGCCGCCCCACCAGCCAACCUCUCCGUGAACUCUGAACUUCCUUUGAACCUCUGAUCUUGAACCCAGGGAACUGCAAGCUGAGAUUUCGGGGACUACUCAGACGGAAACUUUGAGUACUGCUGGUUUGCUUUCACUUCCUCUCACCAUUUUGUGGAUUAAAGGAGGCAAAAUGGAGACAAUGGUUUUCCGUACAGGAGGCGACACAAAACAGCAAAAACUGGAGCAAAAAUCAAAGGCAAGGAAUUUGUAAAGGAACCAUAAUUGUUCUCCCGAAGACUUUCCAAAGUCUUAAGGAUCUCCUCCUCAUGCAUUUUACCUCAAAGUAUGUUGGUGUACAAUGCAUAAGGAGGGGAUUUGCCUCCCUUUCACGGUUUUGACCUUUUGAAUCUCAUUGCACAAACCCCAGGAGAGUUCAACCAAUGGAAAAGAUGCCAAGAUCCCCAAAGAAUGACCCUGAAACCAACUGACAGGUUGAAUCAUUGGGUCAAUUUUGCGUCCUCCUCACCUUAAUCCUUAAGAGGAGGGCUACAAAAUGAUUGCUGCCGAGGACAACGGUCUUAUUUUUAAGUCUAAACCUGGAGUCAACGGACUGAGUGGUUUUAUUUCUCAAAAGAGAAGUUGGCCUGUUGGUUUUUGGUGAAUCUGAAGGACUGCCGACCGCUGGUCUAACUCAUCUGUGAUUGGACUAAGAAGUGACAGAGAUGAUCUGUAUACAACCAAACAACCCUCAGCGGCUUCAGAGGCCAUGGCUACAACUUAUUACUUUGGAUGUUUGUUGUUGUGGUGAAACAGCAGGUGACGGCUAGCAAGCGUAUAGCGUUUGGCUUUACCAAACCAGGAUGGUUUCUUUUCUUUUACAGCGACAGACGGGAUCAACGCUGCUCAGUUGAGUGAAGUGUUGGAGCUCUUUUCCUUGAAAUGUAAAGGUUUUGUAGGUUUAAACCCCAACAAUGGGUCAAGAUGUCUUAGAGGAGGAUGAAAAUGUAUCUCAAAUCGAAUGGAGUUCAGGAAUAUGUAUGGAUGAUCUCUCCACUGGCUCUUAUUCAGCUACUGAAGCCACUUCAGGUCACUUUUUAAGGAAAGUAAGGGAAUCAUGGGCGAGAACUCUUGAGCCUUUAUCCGAGGUUGCAAGAGAUGAAAGAUUAAAAAACUCCUGGAGGGAUGAUCCAGACGCUGCUGAAACGAAUGAAUCUAACAUGUUAACUGAACUCUGAAAACUGGGUUUAACUGAUCUAUGCUGAGCCUGAAUACUGUUCACACAACGACAUUGAGCUGAUGUUAACUUUAGGGACUAAACCGAGCCAUUCUGAGCAGCGCUGGACUAACAUGGUUUUCCAAAAUGCGACUGUAGAGAGGACAAAGUUACUGUGGACAGGAUUAAUCUAGUCUGAUGUGGACAAAGUUACUCUGGACUGGAUUAAUCUGGUCUGAUGUGGACAAAGUUACUCUGGACUGGAUUAAUCUGGUCUGAUGUGGACAAAGUUACUCUGGACAGGAUUAAUCUGGUCUGAUGUGGACAAAUUUACUCUGGACUGGAUUAAUCUGGUCUGAUGUGGACUUGUCUGGUCUGGCUGUAGCUCAGAAGUGUUCAGACUAGGAACGAAAGCCUUUUACUUUUCAAAAUAUGCAACAUUACUACAAGCAGGAAAAUAGCAUCAACAAAUGAACAGAAUAAUAAUAACAAUAUUAAUGUGUGUGUUAUAAAAACUACAGUAAUUAUUGCAGGGAACAUAAUGUAAAGUAACUAAGAAAUUCAUUUGUUGUGUGAUCUUUUCAGUGAGAGAGAGAACGAGAACACAAGUAUUCUGCAAUAGAUUUAAAUAGGGAAAGGGAAAUGCAGCGCCAGAAGCUCUUCAGCACUCAAAUCACGUUUGUCCCGACGCCGUGCACUCUGGGAAGAAACACGUUAUUUUACAACAAAUUAAUGAAGGCGGGAAAUAUCCACCCACAGAUAUCGGCAUGUUUCAGUAUCACUUCACUCUUAUUUAUCAGUCAUUCUUCCAUUCAACCUUUCUUUAUACUCCAGAGAUCACUGGGCCUCAUUCACCAAUAUAUCUUUCUAAGUUCUUUCUUAAAUGUGUUCUUAAAAG